AUGGUCUCCAAAUCGAAUAUUUUACUUUUAAUCGCCGUCUUUUCAUUUCAACAAUUCGUUUUCAUAAAAUCAGAAACGGAUGUCAAAGUUGUACCAAAUGAAAUUUUGACGGUAGAAGAAGAAAAACAAAUUAUCAAUGAUUUUCAAGAUCGCUGUGCAAGUACAAAGUGUCGUGACGGUGAAACAUGCGUAUUGAAUAAAGACGGUGAUGCUGAAUGUGCCUGUGUUGCCCAAUGUGAAGAUCCGAAAGAUGAACGUUUAAUGGUUUGUACAAAAGCUAAUCAUACAUAUACAUCGGAUUGUGAAUUCUUUCAAAUGCAAUGUUGGUGUCGUAAAGAUGAUGAAAGAUGCACGCGAAAGGAAGCUGUCGCCGACUCAAUUGAUUAUUUUGGACGAUGUCAAAAUUUGGGAGUUUGUACAGNUGCUAUAAUGAUAAUACUUCUCGCGAUGUCUCACUGUCAUCACCCCGUUUUCCGUUCAUUCAUACGUGCAUUCAUUCAUUUGAUCUAA